CAGGCUGCUUUGGGAGCUUUUUGUUCCCCAGAUCUUUCUGAUCACAUCAUUGAUAGGACAGCUUCAGUCUUAUCCUCAACAGCACUUAUCUGGAUCUUCUCACCAACUAAGGUCAACAGUUUAUCAAGGCUGACAGUUGCACAGAAGCUCUGGUUCCCCUUUAAAUGCUCUGUCUGCUCAGGGCCCUGCCUGGCUCCAGAAGGAGAGCAUGGAAGAAGCAGCCAUGACUCCUGGGGGACUGGCCACCUGUCCACAGGUGAUCAACUCUGCAAAACCAGGAUGUCUUCCCAUAUGGAGCAAAGAGAAGAGCUGUGCGUCACUGAGAGAGGGGUCUUCCCAGGAGCCCAGUUAGGUCCUCACCUUCAACACCAAGACUCCAUUCCUAAUCAAGAUAUUUUGGCAGCGAUUCCAUCCAUUGGCAUGAAAAGGGAGCCACCUCAGGUCGGAGAAAACCUCUAUAAAUAUGAUGAGCUUGGGAAGCCCUUUGACAGCAUCAAACCGCUUUUUCAGUACCCGCGAUUUCCUACUGAAGGAAGCCCCUUUGAAGGCCGAGAGAGCCGAAAAUCCUUCCUCCGGACCACCCGCCUCAUCGUGCCUGAGAAAGUCCCCAGCGGGGACAAAACCUACACGUGCGACAAAUGUGCAAGAUCCUUCCGGUACAGCUCCGAGCUCAUCCGGCACGAGAAGACGCACACCGCGGAGAAAUGCUUUGAGUGUCAGGAGUGCCGGCAGGCCUUCAAGUACUUCUCCAACCUGCGGCGCCACCUGAAGACCCACGGCGGCGAGAAGCCCUUCGAGUGCAGCCAGUGCGGGAAGACCUUCACGAGGAACUUCAACCUGAUCCUGCACCAGAGGAACCACAUGGGCGAGAAGCCCUACUCGUGCAAGGACUGUGGGAAGGCUUUCACCCAGCCGUCCUCCCUGAGGAGCCACAUGCGGACCCACACUGGAGAGAAGCCCUUCGAGUGCGGCCACUGUGGGAAGACCUUCCGGGAGCACUCGUCGCUGAAGACGCACGUGCGGACCCACACCCGAGAGAAGCCCUACCAGUGCAACCACUGCGGGAAGCCCUUCCGCACGAGCACCAACCUGAACGUGCACAAGCGGAUCCACACCGGCGAGAAGCUCUACGAGUGCGCCACCUGCGGGCAGGUCCUGAGUCGGCUCUCCACCCUCAAGAGUCACAUGCGGAUCCACACCGGAGAGAAGCCCUACCCGUGCCCGGAGUGCGGGCGCGCCUUCGGGGAGCCCUCAUCCCUCAGGAAGCACGCGAGGACCCACACCGGCAAGAAGCCCUACGUGUGCCCGCAGUGCGGGCGAGCCUUCGGCCAGUCCUCGCACCUCAUCGUCCACGUGAGAACCCACACCACGGGGAGACCCUACGAAUGCACUCAGUGUGACAAAGCCUUCCGACACAGCUCUUCACUCAGCGUGCACAAGAGGGUUCACGCCAGGGGAGAAAAUGUCAGGACCAGCGACCUGCCUUUAUCUGUGUCUCUGCCCAUGGAAGGGCCCCUUGCUGAUUAACCUCCUGUUUCUACAGACUAAGCACCCGGGACGGUAAUCAUCUCUCCUAGUACUCCUUUAGCGACAUCCUCUGUGGUGGCUCAGUGGUGAAGAAUCGCCUGCUGAUGCAGGAGAGGAGGGUUCUAUCCCUGGGUUGGGAGGAUCCCCUGGAGAAGGAAGUGGCAACCCACUCCAGUAUUCUUGCCUGGGAAAUCCCAUGGAUCCUGGUGGGCUGCAGUCCCUGGGGUCACAGAGACUCAGACACGACUGAGCACGUGUACACACACGUAACACACCACAAGCAGAGUGUGUGAUCUUUAUGUUGUUGAAUGUUAAGUAUUUAUGGAGAUUUGCUUUUAGGUCUAGGGCUUCCCUGAUGGCUCAGGCGGUAAAGCGUUUGCCUGCAGUGCGGGAGACCUGGGUUCGAUCCCUGGGUUGGGAAAGGAACCCUUGGAGAAGGAAAUAGCAACCCACUCCAGUACUCUUGCCUGGAAAAUGGCAUGUCUUGGUAGUUGCCUGCCAAAACUGCCCCUUCUUACUUGCAAAAGCACCUAGGUAUUUUUGUUCAGAUUGGGACUAUGCAAUGUACAUAUAUAUUUUGUGGCUUAAAGCAAGAGAAUUUUAUUCUCUCACACUUCUGGAGGGCAGAAGUUGAAAUCAAGGUGUCUGCAGGGCCACAUUCCCUCUAAAGUCUCUAGGAGAGGAGGCUUCUUUGCCUCUUUCCACUUUUGGUGGCCCCAGGUGUGCCUUGCCUUGUGGCAGCAUCGCCCCCAUCACUGCCUCCAUCUUCACAUGGCCUUCUCCUCUGUGUGUCUGUGUCCUCUUCUGUGUCUUCUAAGUGUCUCUUAUAAGGACACAUCAUUGGACUUAGGGUCUACCCAGAUAUCCAGGAUGGCCUCAUCUCAAGAUCUUUAAUCUAAUGACAUCCACAAAGACCCUUUUCCAACUGAGUUCACAACCAGAGUUUCUAGGUGGACAUAUCUUUCGGUGAUGGUGGUGGUGGGGGCCGCAUUCAAACCACUACACCAUCAGGGAGUGCGCAUGAUUAAAAUACUUCCACCUCCCCGUCCUUCUUGCUGGCAGUGGAGGCCACGUUCUCCAGUCCUGGCCAGCAAGAGGCAUCUUUGAGUGUGAGUCCUGGGGAAGAUGUCACAAAGGAAUGGUUUCAUUUAGCCAGAUCCCUCUCCUUCUUCCCUGGUGGCUCGGACAGUGAAAAAUCUGCCCACAAUGCGGGAUACCCAGCUUCAGUCCCUGGGUCAGGAAGAUCCCCUGGAGAAGGGAAUGGCUACCUACUCCAGUAUUCUUGCCUGGAGAAUUCCAUGAACAGAGGAGUCUGGCGGACUACAGUCCAUGGGGUCACAAAGAGUCUUCAGACACGACUGAGCGACUAACACUUUCACUUUCUCUCCUUCUUGCCUUUUGUACAAGCGGGCACCAUAUCUGGUGCUAGAGGAGGCAUCCUGUGACCACAGGGGCGAAAGCAGCAGUCUAAAGAGAGCGUGGGGGACUUCCCUAGUGGUCCCGUGGUUAGGACUUUGAGCUUCCAAUACAGGGCUGAGGGUGUGAUCCCUGGUCAGGGAACUAAGAUCCCACAGCUGUAUGGUGCUGCCAAAUUAAACAUAUAAAAAUAAUAGAUUAAAAAAUAAUAGUUUGUGGCCAGAGCUACAACCAUCCUGGUUCCCCGGUUGGUAUCCUUGUGUGGGUGUACCAGCCCUGGGUUGUUUGUUUCUGGACAUCUUGUUUACACGAAAAAGAUGCACUUCUUACUGGUACAUGACAUUGUCUUUUUUGGGGGGAGGGGAGUUUGGGGGAGGGCAGGGAUGGAUUUAUUGUGGCUGAAUGCAGUCUCUAACUGAUGCACUUAAUAUAUGGUUCAUUUUUAUAAAUGCUUCUUGGAUGGUGGAAGUCAAUGUAUGGUAUCCUAUAAAUGUCCACUAGAUGGAGCAUGCUCUUUGUGUAUAAAAGUCUUUUACACAUUUUAAAAUACUGGUUUCUGUCUUAGCUCGGGCUGCUAUAACGAAAAUACUGGGUGGCUUACAAAGAACAGAAAUGUAUUCCUCACAGUUCUAGAGGUGGGAAGUCCAAGAUCACAGCUGGCAGAUUUGAUGUCUGGGGAGGCCCCACUUCCUAGUUCAUAAAUGGCCAUCUUUUUGCCAUGUCUCACAUGGCAGAAGGGGAGCAAGAGAGCUCCCUGGAGUCUCUUUUGUAAGGGCACUGAUCCCAUUCAUCAGAGCUCCAUCCCUAUGACCUAAUCACCUCCCAAGGGCCUCACCUCUUAACCAUCUCCUUGGGAGUUAGACUUCAGCAUGUCAACUCCAGGGAGCACCAACAUUCAGUCCUUAGCAGUUGCCAGUCUAUCAUUUACUGAGAAAGUUCCAUUAAACACUCCUACCAUAUGUAUGAAUUGCUGAAUGAGUCUUUUAAUUCAAAUUUCAUAUAUUUUGAAGCAAUGGAAUUAAAAGAUUUUUGACAUCUUGUAAGCUUUCAGUUAAUUGUUCCUUUUAUUCUCCUAGUGGCCGUCUUUCUCCCUAGCAGUGAAUAUUCAGCCAUUCAUCAUCAUAAUAGCAAGUAAUUAUUUAGUGCUUAUUAUUGCUAGAUAGUAUUAUAGCUACUACCCUGAACUUUGUAUCUUUUAAGUUAUUUAGUCCUUACAAUGACACUUUGAGGAAGGUACUGUUAUUAUCCCCAAUUCACAGAUGAGGAAACUGAGUCCUGAUAAGUUAACUGAGGUCCUGUAGGUGGUAAGUGACAGUCUGGCUCUCGAUACAGAACUUCACUGCAGGGAGCUGUUGUCCAUUUCGCCUGAACUCACAGAGUUCUGUUUUUGUGUUUUAAAGUUUUGUUUUUUUUCCCCCACACUGAAAGGCUUUGUGGGAUCUCAGUUCCCUGACAAAGGAUUGAACCCACACCCUUGGUAGUGAAAGUGCAGAGUCCUAACCACUGGAUUGCCAGGGAAUUCCUCUAAAGUUCUUUAAUUGAGACAUAACUUACAUAAAAGUCCGUAAGUCUUGGUGUUCACCUCAGUAAAUUAUAUAUAUUUAUCUCUGCUACUCUAGAGUAGGGAAUGGCUACCCACUGCAGUAUUCUUGCCUGGAGAAGUCCAUGGACAGAGAGCCUGGUGGGCUACAGUUCAUAGGAUCACAAAGUUGGACAUGACUGAGUGACACUUUCACACCACCCACAUAAAAAAAAAAAAAAAUUCUAUCUUCCCAGAAGGUUCUCUUGGGCCCGACCCAGGUCAGUAAGCCCCAUCUCCAGAGUUAACCAGUAUUCUGACUUCUGUCACCAUAGAUUUGUUUUUCCUGUUCAGAAAAAUAGAACCACACAGUACGCCUUCUUGUGUCUGAUGUUUUCACUUAAUAUAGUGCCUAUGAACUUUAUCUUUGUCACAUUACCAGUAGAUCUCUUUUAAAAUUGCUGUGUAAUAUUCCAUUGUCUGAAUACACUACAGUUAAAAAAUUUCACUCUGUUUAUGGACAUCUGGGUUCUUUCCCAAUGCUGUUAUGAAUAAAGCUGCUAUGAGUA